AUGCCAAUCUGUAUCGUACCGGACCACAAUGCUGAAGACUUUAACGAGAUGCUCAAUCUCCCAUAUACCGAGAUACACGGAAAGCUAAACGAGUUCGCCUUGUUAAGGGGAUACAAAUACGUUUUUUCUCCCGGUGGGAGACCUUCUGAACGUCACCCUGGGUUCGAACUUAGGUGUGAUCACCAUGGUAAUACCACCGAAAACAGUUGGUUCAAGACUAAUUGCGUACAUAAAAUCGUGUUCAAGCCAAAAUCAACGAAAUCCAAGGAUGAAAAAGGGAAAGAGUAUUAUAGGGAUGACCCCGCUUGGGAAAUCGAUUGGAGGAAGACCACUACUGGUAUCCACAAUGUCAUGAUCAAACACAAUCAUGGUCCGAAGAGCGUUAGACCCGUUAUCAAAGCUGGAGAAGAGAAGAAAGACGACAAGGAAGAAUAUGAUGAUGAUGAUGAUUAUGAUCCUGAGUCUUUCCUUGCCAACUUUACUUCAUUCAAAAAGGGUAAAGCCGAUAAAGCUCUCACUAAAGGUGAUCCUAUUUUGGCGACUUCACAGCAGUCAACUCUAGCUUCAACGACACCACUACCAGUAGGCAGCACAUCUACUGCUGCUACAAAUCACACGGGUACUGAUAAAGAAGAUUGCGCCAAAGAAAAGGGAAAGAAAGUUAUGCAAAACCUCUGCAAGACCCAACUACGUUUCAUUGACACUGACUCGACCUCUAGUAGCAGCGCUUCUUUUGAAGCACAAGAUCAAAGCGAGAGAGCUACACAGGAACAUGGUAAACUCUGUGUGAAAUAUCGGAAAACUCUUCAAGAUGAAUUUGAUGAACUCAAGAUAGCUCACGGUGUUUUGCUCGUCGCUCAUGAUGAACUUGAAGACGAUCUUACUGAUGCAAAAGAGAAAAUUCAGACUUUGACUGAAAUGAAAGAAGACUUGAGUAAUGACCUGAAGCAAGAACGAGCCAACAAUCGAGCCAUUCUGCAAGUGACUCAGGAUGAAAAUCAGUCUCUCAGAAACGAAAAUAACGAGUUACGCCAAGCUAUCAAAGCUAGAGAUGAACUGGAACAACUUGAAGAAGCCGAGAAGAAGCGAGCUGCAGAAUUGAGAGAGGAAGAGAAAAAGAGAAAAGCAGCUGAAGAAGCUGAAAAGGAAAAGAUCAUGGAGAAAAGAAGAAAGUUAGAGGAACUCGUUAAGAAAGGGAGAGAGAAAUGUUGA